AUGACUACCCCAUCUACACCGGGUGAUUCAUCGCUCGCUACUUCGGUAUACUCCUUAUCAUCCAAAUCACCAACCGAGGCUGAACAAUACAAAGCCAGAGCUGCCAAUUGGAGAUUCUCAACAUUAUGCGCUUCAGUGGAUAACAAGGAUCAAUAUGGCGCGAGCUCAACACCCAUCUAUCAGACUGCUACUUUCAAGGGCAUGGAUGGUCAAUAUGAUUAUACGCGUUCUGGUAAUCCCACUAGAGGAGGAUUAGAAAACCACCUUGCUCGACUGUAUGGUGCAACGCAAGCAUUCGCUUUAUCUACCGGUAUGACCUGUCUCGACACGAUCUUGCGUCUGGUCAAACCUGGAGAGACGGUCUUAGCGGGAGAUGAUCUAUAUGGAGGUACCAAUAGGUUAUUAACCUAUCUCGGUACUCAUGGAGGUGUCAAGGUUAUUCAUGCCGAUACAACCAGGAUAGAAGCACUACGACCAUACUUGCAACCUGGAAACAAAGUUAGAAUGGUAUUAUUGGAAUCACCUACCAACCCUCUCUUGAAGAUCGCAGAUUUAGAAGGAAUCUCAAAAGAAGUUAAACAAUCUUCACCUGAUGCUUUGAUAGUAGUGGAUAAUACAAUGAUGUCUCCCUAUCUCCAGAGACCAUUGGAGUUAGGUGCUGAUAUAGUUUAUGACUCCGGAACGAAAUAUUUAUCGGGUCAUCAUGAUCUCAUGGCUGGUAUCAUCGCUGUCAAACGACCUGAAAUCUGUAAAGAUAUUGCCUUUUUGAUCAACUCUGUUGGAUCUGGAUUAGCACCCUUCGAUUCAUUCUUACUUCUCAGAGGAGUAAAGACCAUGUCAUUAAGAAUGGAUAGACAAAUGGCUACUGCCCAAUUGGUAGCCCUGUACCUCGACUCGUUAGGAUUUUUAGUACAUUAUCCAGGAUUGAAGAAUCACCCAAAGAGAGAUAUACAUUGGAAACAGGCUACAGGAGCUGGUGCGGUCUUGUCGUUCGUAACGGGUGAUAAAGCCUUGAGUGAAAGGAUAGUAGGUGGAACGAGACUUUGGGGUAUUAGUGUUUCGUUUGGUGCGGUUAAUAGUUUGAUCUCAAUGCCUUGUUUGAUGUCCCACGCUUCCAUCUCUGCUGCUGUACGUGCCGAACGAGGUCUUCCCGAAAAUCUCAUCAGACUCUGUGUGGGUAUCGAAGACCCUCGAGAUCUCAUGGACGAUCUCGAACACUCCCUCUUAUCAGCCGGAGCUAUCACUCCUAAUCUUUCGCACUCACCGCUCUCACACUCUCGAUCUGCCGAAUUAUACGCUUCCGAUCCGGAAGCAUGGAUACUCGAACGAGCCAAGGGGUUCAAGCGACCUUCGAGCGAAUCAAGUGCUAUCGAUAAACUAGUAUCUGGUGUGAAAAAGGGUCUCGGAUUCACUUCAGCUGAACGUAAAACCAUUGCAGAAGAUAUCGUUGUAUCAGCACCUGGAAAAGUUAUCUUGUUUGGUGAACAUGCUGUAGUCCAUGGCGUGACUGCUAUAGCUUCUUCAGUGAACCUCAGAUGUUUUGCCGUCCUCUCACCUAGAUCAGAUGGGAAAGUAGCAUUGGAAGUACCCAAUGUAGGCGUAGAAGCCGAAUGGGAUAUCUCAAAAUUGCCUUGGGGGUUGUUACCUGUUCAUGCCGAUACACAUCGACAUGUUGCCGAUAAGGAUCUCGAUCCUGCUUUACUCCAAUCUAUUGAGAAAUUGGUACAUGAACAUAAAGAGUUAGGCAAGACGGGUCUCAACUCCUGUAUCGCGUAUUUGUACCUCUACAUGGUCAUGGCUGGAGCUGAACCCGAAGCCCCUUCGGUCACCUUCACAGCCACUGCCAAUCUCCCAAUUUCAGCAGGCUUAGGUUCCUCAGCGGCCUACUCUACUUGUAUAGCUUCGUCGCUUCUCAUUGCCCACUCACACAUCAACAAGCCCACUUCCGGUCAAUCCCGUCUGUCGGAAGGCGAGACCAACAUCGUUGAUGGCUGGGCUUUCUUAUCUGAGAAGGUGCUGCACGGUACUCCUAGUGGUAUAGAUAAUGCUGUUUCUGUCCGGGGUGGUGCCGUAGCUUUCACCAGAUCCGUAGGAGGAAGAAAAGGUGGUUUGGACGGUUUACACGGCUUCUCCUCCAUCCGACUACUACUCACCAACACCUUAGUACCUCGGGACACCAAGUCCCUCGUAGCUGGUGUCAGUGCCAAACGACUUGCUGAACCUCAUGUGGUCGAUCCGGUCCUCGAUGCUAUCCAGUCAAUCAGUGAUGAAGCUUCGACAUUAUUGAGUGGACAAACUCAUGUGGAAAGGAAGGAAUUGAUCGCUCGAUUAGAGACUCUCAUUCGAGAGAAUCACGCUCAUCUCGUCAACCUUGGGGUUUCUCACCCCUCUCUCGAGAUGGUGGUUUCAGCCACAGCUGCUGAACCAUUCAAUCUCGCUACAAAGCUUACAGGUGCGGGAGGUGGUGGAUGUGCUGUAACGUUGAUACCAGAUGCUUUCCCACAAUCCUCACUUGACGCAUUGAUCACUACCCUUGAAUCUCAAGGAUUCCAACCUCAUCUUACAUCCGUCGGUGGACCUGGAUUGGGUAUACAUUCCCCUUCGACCCAAAAGGAAGACAAGAUCCGUACACCCGAGGAAGGUGAGGGUAUGAUUGUACCCAAACGAGUCUCUUUGAGGGAGACUCCGAUUGAGGGAUUGCAAACUUGGUCAGAGAGGGUUGGGAACUGGGUUCAUACAUAA